GGCGGGUUCCGGGGCGGGCGGUCGCUGCCGGCCCGGCCGUGGCUGAGCGGGAGAGCGGCGGCCCCGGCGGACGGAGCCCCGCGGGCACCAUGAGCGGUUCACAGAACAAUGACACUAAAAGACAGUUUCUUCUAGAACGGCUGCUGGAUGCAGUUAAACAGUGUCAAAUACGGUUUGGAGGAAGAAAAGAAAUUGCUUCAGACUCCGAUAGCAGAGUGACUUGUUUGUGUGCUCAGUUUGAAGCUGUGUUGCAGCACGGCCUGAGGAGGAGCCGAGGACUGGCAUUAACAGCAGCAGCAAUCAAACAGGCAGCAGGUUUCUCCAGUAAAACUGAAACAGAGCCAGUGUUCUGGUACUAUGUGAAGGAGGUUCUGAACAGGCACGAGCUGCAGCGCUUUUACUCUCUGAGGGCCAUCACCUCAGAUAUCGGCAGAGGCCGGGCCUGGCUGCGCUGUGCACUGAAUGAGCAUUCCCUGGAAAGAUACGUUCAUAUGCUGCUGGCAGACAAGAAUCGACUCAGUGUCUUCUAUGAAGACUGGUCUUUUAUGAUGGAUGAAGAACGUUCCAGUAUGAUCCCUACAAUGGCAGCUGGUCUGAACUCCAUCCUUUUCGCCAUCAACAUUGAUAAUAAGGAUUUAAACGGGCAGAGCAAGUGCACACCCACCGUGUCUGAUUUGUUAAAGGAAUCCACACAAAAUGUAACUUCCCUGUUGAAGGAAUCCACGCAGGGCGUGAGCAGCCUCCUGAGGGAGAUCACUGCCUCCUCUGCUGUCUCCAUUCUCAUCAAACCUGACCCAGACACUGACCCCCUUCCUGUUCUGCCCCGGAAUGUAAAUGCUGAUUUGAGAUAUAAAAAAGAUCGAAAAAAGAAGAAGAGAGUGACCAAUAUUAUCUCAUUUGACGAAGAGGAAGAUGAGCAAAAUUUGGGGGAUUCCACAAAGACUCUGAUUACAGGAGAAAGCUCAGAGGAGAGCGUAGACAGAUCCUCAGUCCUUGCAUUGUCCUCAUCUGAAAGCACUCUUGGAAAAAAUUUGAACGGGAAUGAAAGUAACAGUUCGUGGAAGAGCAAUUCAUUGCCUCACUCUCUCAUGAAUGGAGAGUACGAGUACCAGAAACUGGAUGUGAAGAGCAUUGAUGAUGAAGAUGCAGAUGAGGAUGAGCUGUAUGGAAAAACAUUAGGAAAUAAAGGCACAGAAGGUGAAACUGAAGCUUCUGAAAAGACUCAUGAAAUAGGCACUUGCAACUCUCAGAUAUGCAGCUGGACUCCUCUGCAGGUCCUCAAUGAUGACUCAGAUGUGCUGUUCCCUGUCAGUGCUGUUGGCUCUUACUCCCAAACAGAUAACUUGGAGAACGGAGAGGGGCAUGAACAUGUUGUUCAUCCGGUAGAACUGGUUCCCAGAAGAUCUGAUCUCCCUUACAGAGUGGAAGUCAGUCCUCCAGCACAAGUGAAUACUUUAAGCAGUAUGUUGCCUUCAGCCACCGUGCCAGAAUCCAUGACAAUUAAUGAACUUCGUCAAGCCAUCGUGGCCAUGAUGAAUAGGAAGGAUGAACUGGAAGAGCAGAAUAGAUCCCUGCGAAAUCUGCUGGAUGCAGAGAUGGAGCUCUCAGCAGCACUGAGGCAGGAGAUGGACAACUGGAGAAGGAAAGUAGCAGAGCAGGAAGAGCGACAUGCCACCAAAGUCCAGGCCUUGGCACGAGAAAAUGAGGUGCUAAAAGUGCAACUUAAGAAGUAUGUAGGAGCUGUCCAGAUGCUCAGACGAGAAGGUCAAACAGUGGAAGUUCUGCCAAACAUUUGGAGCACUGAUGGUGAAUUUACGAUUCCAGAGCAAAAGCAAGUAGAGAACAACGAGGAACUCGCCAGCUCUUAUGAAAGAAAAUUGAUUGAGGUGGCUGAAAUGCAUGGGGAGCUGAUUGAAUUCAAUGAGAGGCUGCACCGUGCCCUGAUGGCUAAGGAAGCUCUCGUGUCCCAGAUGAGACAAGAGCUAAUUGAUUUGAGAGGCCCGGUCCCUGGAGAUUUGAGUCAAACAUCCGAAGAUCAGAGUUUGUCAGAUUUUGAAAUAUCAAAUCGUGCUCUUAUUAAUGUUUGGAUUCCCUCAGUCUUUCUGCGUGGAAAAGCUGCUAAUGCAUUCCAUGUUUAUCAGGUUUAUAUCAGGAUAAAGGAUGAUGAAUGGAAUGUGUAUCGAAGAUAUGCAGAGUUCAGAAGCUUGCAUCAUAAAUUACAGAGUAAAUACCAGCAAGUGAGGACUUUUAACUUUCCACCUAAAAAGGCCAUUGGAAACAAGGAUGCAAAGUUUGUAGAAGAGCGACGCAAGCAGCUACAAAAUUACCUAAGGAACGUAAUGAACAAAAUUAUUCAAACUGUGCCAGAAUUCACAGCCAAUCCCAAAAAAGAGACACUUAUUCAGCUGAUGCCCUUUUUUGUUGAUAUUCCACCUUCUGGAGAGCCAGUGAGCAAAGGCAAUCGCUCGAGGGUGACCCCGCGCUUCCCCAAACUGGCCCGCAGCCACCAAAGGGAGCCCCGGAGCCUGGAGCCCCAGAGUGGGGAUCUCUGACCCUUUGUCCUAAUUGUGAACACGGGCACCACGUACUUUAAGUUGUUCUGUGAUUCCUUCCUAGCCUAUAUUUAUAAUUUAAGCUCCUGAAGAGACUACAGCUGCAUCAACUUAAAUCCUGAAAAGAGACAUUCAUUGCCAAGGGUCAUAUCCUGAUUAACUACUUUGGAAGGCAGUAAUCACUUUCUCAAAAGAAUAUGAGGGCUCUUCACCAGAGCUCAGCAAACUGAUGGCAUUUUCUUUGUUUUGUUAAGCUGCACUGCACAUAUUCUCCUUUGUUCCCCUGAAGUACUUCUUUUACAAUGAAUUCCUUGUUUGUAUUAUGUUGUCUCCCUUUUAACAUGUACAUUUUUCUGUUCCAGAGAGACAUGGGUAUCGUGUCAAGACAAUUUUUUUUUCCUUAGGAGAACGGUUUUGAUUAUCACUACUUAAUAUGUCAGAAGGAUGUGCUUAAAAGAACCUCACUAAUUUAUUACCUUUUGUAAAUAGAAGGACUGGGUUGUUUUGUUUUUUUUUUUUUAUUGUAAACCUCUGACAUGCAAAGGUUUUUAAAAAAACUUGACAAUGUAGAUGAUGAGAAAAACAUUACAGGUGGAAAAAUAGCUUUUGUACAUUUCUAGUUAGAUAUUCUCAAUAGCUUUCAUUUGUGGGAAGUAUUCUUUAAAAUCAGAGAAUGUAAUAAUUUUUUAGUAAAAUUUCAGUCCUGCUGGAAGGCAGAUGCAAUAUUAUUAAUUUUUACAAACCACUGCAAGGAUACACAAAAUUAGCAUGGUGCAAAAUAGUGCUUUCAAGUCUUGGGUUAUAUUUUGUUAUCAGUUUGUUGCUGAUGUUACAGAAUAGUCCAUCAUUAAUCUGAUUUUGUAAAACCCUUCACAUCGUGAUACUUAAAAAUUGCCUGUAAUGAAAGUGCCUGUUACCCAUCACCUCUUAUUGAAAAGUAAUUUGUAAUGCUACUACUGUAAGAGUGACUAAAAUAUUGACAAGAAAUAUUACAAGUGAUGGAAGUCCUGACAUGGAUUAACUGGAAUCCAGUUCAGUAUCCAUUAGUUGCACUGCCGUAGGCAGUUAAUUAUGUUUUAGCUAUCUUCUUCUCUUCAUUAAGUUUAAGCAGUAUACGUUCAAAUUUUCCAUUAAUUGUAUUCUGGUUUUCCUUUGUGUAAGAAUAUCUUUCUUCUCAGAAG